AUGCCCACUGCCGAACCACUGCUCCGGGGCUCCGCUCUCGUCACCGGGGCCGCGUCCGGCAUCGGGUACGCGACGGCCCUCGCCUUCGCCCAGCACGGCAUCGCGCAGCUGGCGCUGGCCGACAUCAACCUCGACGCCCUCAACGCCUCCAUCCAGACCCUCCGCGAGAGCUGCCCGCACGUCGAGGUGCUGCCACUGCACCUCGACGUCCGCAAGCCCGACGAGGUCAGGGCCGGCGUGGCCCAGGCCGUCGCCCGCUUCGGCCGCCUCGACGUCGCCGUCAACAACGCCGGCGUCGGCGGCAGGGGCAUGCGCACCCACCAGAUCGACGAGGACGAGUGGCAGCGCGUCAUCGACAUCAACCUCAAUGGUGUGUACCGCUGCCAGAAGGAGGAGCUGGCCGCCAUGGUCGGUCAGGAAGACCUGGGUCAUCGCCGCGGCCGCGGCGUCAUCGUCAACGUAGCCUCCAUGUACGGCGUCGUCGGGCCCAAGAGCCCUCUCUACCAGAGCGCCUACGCGACGACCAAGCACGCGCUCGCCCUGACAGGCAUUCUCGGCCUCACAAAGGCGGACGCCAAUGCCUACGCCCCAGACAAGAUCCGGAUCAAUGCCAUCUGCCCCGGCUACGUCGCCACGCCCCUCACCGUGACUCACAUGGACGCGCAGCCCGAGAGCCCCCUGCACCAUCAUGUCGCGCAGACGCCCAUGAAGCGCAUGGCAACCCCCGAGGAGGUCGCCGACAGCAUCGUCUUCCUGGCCUCGCCCAUGAGCAGCUUCAUGCAUGGCGCGGCCCUCGUUGUCGACGGGGGGUUCACCAGCAACUAA